AUGGAUGAAAGAGUGCAAGGUCCAAAUCUACCAACUUUGGUAGAUUUGAAGAAUCAUUUACGCAACGAACCGCUGUACUUCAAAGUGUUGGAAGAUCAUUUACGAAAUGCGGCAGGCCUGAUUAAUGAUUUGAGGGCAAGGUUGGAGGGAAGAGGAGUUGGAAGUGUUCCGAGAACUCCUGGAGCACGAGCGUGA